CUCGGAGUAACAGCCGUGCGGAGUGCUCUCGGCCAGAGGACCUUACUGGUGGACGUUUGGAGCUGCAACCAAAAAACCGGUUUCUCAUGAGAAUAGUAUCAGCUGUGCUUUUUAACUCAUUUAUCCUGUUUGACUGUUAAUAGCCUACAGGUCCUACCUCCCCUACACUAAGACAGAUCUGUGGUGUGAGUUUGAAGCCUGAGAACAGGUGUCUGCCAUGGAAGGAGAUCUUCUGACCUGAGACCCACACCAGAAGCUCGGGCGUCCAGGGCAGGGGUGCACUCUGCACCUGCAGACCGUCUUGACCAGUCCUUCCCAGAGCCGGCAAGAUCCAAAUGACAUGUCCACUUUGAAAUACCAGCAACAGCUGUGCAACAUGGAGCAAUUGACCCAGACUGUGCGGAGAAGAGCUUGGUGUUCCCAGGACUCUGCACUUGGCCAGGAAGAAGAGGACAUGACCAGAUCUUUUAAAACAGUGACCUUCAAGGACGUGGCUGUGGACCUCACCCAGGAAGAAUGGCAGCAAAUGAAGCCUGCCCAGAGGAGUUUGUAUCGAGAUGUGAUGCUAGAGACCUACAGCAACCUAGUAACAGUAGGUUGUCAAGUCAACAAGCCAGAUGUGAUCUUGAAGUUGGAGCAAGAAGAGGAGCCAUGGGUGCUGGAGGAAGAAAUGUUUUGGAGACACUCCCCAGAAGUUUGGGAAGUUGAUGAACAGAUGGAGAAACAACAGGAAACACUUGUGAGGAAAGUCACAUCCAUCUCCAAGAAAGCUCUGAUUAAGGAAAAUGUCAUUGACUGUAAAAAGGUUGCAAAAAUCUUUCCUCUGAGUUCAGAUGUUGUUACUUCAAGACAAAGCCUCUAUGAUUGUGACUCACUUAAUAAGUGUUUAGAACAAAAUUUAGAUAUACUUAGUUAUAAGAAAGGCUGUGUAAGAGACAAAAACUUUGAAUGUAAUGAGUAUGAGAUGCCAUUUUACCAUUGCUCAUCCUAUGCCAUAGCCCCCUUUAAAUGUAAUCAGUGUGGACAAGACUUCAUUCAUAAAUUUGACCUCCUCAGACAUGAGAGAAAUCAUGCUGGAGAAAAACGUUAUGGAUGUAAAGAGUGUGGAAAAUCUUUUAGCAGGAAGGAAAAUCUCAUCACACAUCAGAAAAUCCAUACUGGGGAAAAACCAUAUAUGUGUAAGGAAUGUGGAAAAGCUUUCAUUCAAAUGUCUAAUCUCAUUAGACACCAAAGAAUUCAUACUGGGGAGAAACCUUAUGCUUGUAAGGAUUGCUGGAAAGCUUUCAGUCAGAAAUCAAAUCUCAUUGAACAUGAGAGGAUCCACACUGGAGAAAAACCCUAUGAAUGUAAGGAAUGUGGGAAAUCCUUCAGCCAGAAGCAAAAUCUUAUUGAGCAUGAGAAAAUUCACACCGGGGAGAAACCUUAUGCAUGUAAUGAAUGUGGUAGGGCUUUCUCUCGAAUGUCAUCUGUUACUCUGCAUAUGAGAAGUCACACAGGAGAAAAGCCCUAUAAAUGUAAUAAAUGUGGGAAAGCCUUCUCUCAGUGCUCAGUAUUUAUUAUACAUAUGAGAAGCCAUACAGGUGAGAAGCCUUAUGUAUGCAGCGAAUGUGGAAAAGCCUUCUCACAAAGUUCUUCCCUUACUGUACAUACGCGAAAUCAUACUGCUGAGAAACCCUAUGAGUGUAAUGAGUGUGGGAAAGCCUUCAGCCGGAAAGAAAAUCUUGUUACACAUCAGAAAAUUCAUACUGGAGAGAAACCUUAUAAAUGUAAUGAGUGUGGAAAAGCUUUUAUUCAGAUGUCAAACCUCAUUAGACAUCAGCGAAUUCAUACUGGUGAAAAACCCUAUGCAUGUACCGUAUGUGGGAAAGCCUUUAGCCAGAAAUCAAAUCUUACUGAGCAUGAGAAAAUUCAUACUGGAGAGAAACCUUAUCAUUGUAAUCAGUGUGGAAAAGCCUUUAGUCAGAGGCAAAAUCUCCUUGAACAUGAAAAAAUCCAUACUGGAGAGAAACCAUUUAAAUGUAAUGAGUGCAGUAAAGCCUUUUCUCGAAUCUCAUCCCUUACUCUUCAUGUGAGAAGUCACACAGGGGAGAAACCUUAUGAAUGUAAUAAAUGUGGAAAAGCCUUCUCUCAGUGCUCAUUACUUAUUAUACAUAUGAGAAGUCAUACUGGUGAGAAACCCUUUGAAUGUAAUGAAUGUGGGAAGGCAUUUUCUCAGAGAGCAUCCCUUUCUAUACAUAAAAGAGGUCAUACAGGCUAGAAACACCCAGUGUACUGAGGUAAUGCCUCUUAUAUAUUUGAAAUAUCUGAUGUAAGUGCAAUAACAAAAUCUUUUUGGAAAAAUAAUAGAACUUUGUUGGAGCUUAUGAGCAAAUGCGGAGAAAUGUGUAUAUAGGUAAAUACAGCAUCAUAAAAUUUUCAAUUCUGAAAAUCUGUAGACAAUACAGUUCCCAAUAAUCUCAUAACAUUUUCCUAUAAUAUUUAUAAAGUGAUUCUAUAAUUCACAUAAAAUAGAAGUGAAAACCAGGCAUGGUGAUGCUUGUCUAUAAUCCCAGCAUUUGGAUGACAGGAAGAUUGCCACAAGAUUGAGGCCAGCCUGUUGUACAUAGUAAGACUGUCUCAAUAAAUAAAAGUCCAUGGAUUGAUGAGAUGAUUUUAGAAAAAGAAUAGUCUGAACAUACUUACUGUAAUCCCUACACUCUAGAGAUCGAGGCAGAAGAAUCUAGAGUUUGAGUCAGCCUGGGCUAUGUAGUGAGACCCUAACUCAAAACAAAACAAAAAAUAUAACCCAAUUAGUACUUAGAUUAGCAUAAUGUAUGGUAAAUUUAUAGCCACUUAAAGUGUAUAGCAUAGGAGCAUAAUUAGGUGAGUAAACAGGUUAUAGAGUGCCCAGAUACAGAGCUGUGGAGAUAUGUGAACUUGGUGCUUGUCAGACAUGAAAUCAUGAGUUGGCAGAGAAAGAACAAUCUAGUCAUUUGUUUCUGGAGUAUUUGACUAUUGGAGAAAGUUCAAGUGGAAACAGUACUACAACAUAAUAAACACUCUUCCAAAGGAUUUGAAUACUGAAUUGUGAAAAAACUCAGACCUUGAAACCAUUGGAUGUUGAUGAAUAUGAUGGUGCAUGCAUACAGUCCUAGUGCUUGGGAGGCAGAGGCAGGAGGAUAAGGAGUUCAAGGUCAGCUUUGACUAUAUAGCAAGCUAAAGUAAGCCUGGACUACGUAAGACUAUCUUUAAAAAAAUACAGACUCUUUAUCUAUAACUUGAAGUCAAAGAAUCAAUUUUGAAAAUGUAAAAUGAUCAUACAGUUCUAGUUCAGAUUAGUUUCAUUUCUAUUACAGGCUCUAGAAAUUUGUAAAUAAAGAAAAAGAAACAUAUGCAUAUAAAUUGAAAACCUGGAUGCCCAGCAAUGGGCUAAUGGAUGAGUAAAAUACAACCUACCCCAAGGAUGGAAUAGUGUGUAGCACUUAAAAACAAGUAGCUCCAUAUUGUGUAACAGAAAUAGUUACCUAGAACAGUGUUGAGUGGAAAAUAAGAUGCAAUGAAACAUACUGUUUAUUAUCCAUAUAAGUUGCAAUGAAAUCCUUUACAAACAAUAGAACUGGUUUUAUUGAAAUUGCUAUUGAAUAGAAACUGGUUUUAUUGAAAAACUUGUGUAUGUAUGUAUAUAAAGUUAUUUAAAGUUGAUUAGAAAGAUACAUGCUAAAUUCUUUUUAGUUUUGUCUAUCACAAGACGUUGGGACUGAGGGUGAGAGGAUGUUGAUGGGAAGGCCUUUUUUGUCUUUAAAAGACUAGUAGAAUAUAAAAUAAAUCUUAAAAGUUAGUGAUA